UCCACUUACCUUGGGAAGGGGACUAUGAAAGAAGUGUUGGAGAUACCUGAGACGAGCAAAGUUCAGCGCUCGCUUUCGUUCAACGGGGAGACCGAGAAGAAGGAUGACGUGGGUGUCGAGGAAAAGGAUGGUGAAGGGACGAAGGAUCAAUUGGAAGAGGAUGUUGAUGAUGUAGAGAGUGUCCCUUCACUUAAUCUAUCAGAAGAGAAGGUCGUUGUUCCAACUAAGGUGGUUGUUUCUGAUGAUUCGUUUGAGGUUAUGAACUUUUGGGGAGAAGAUCUCCCCGCUAUUGUAAAAGAGGAAGUUGAGCAGACAGUGAAGGAUGAUUUUGAUGAUGCUGCGUUCGAAAGAUUCAAAGAAUCUGGAGGGAAGGUGAUUAGUCCAUUCACUGUGAAGAAGGGUUACUCAAAUCAACAGUACGAGUUGUUCCGUUACAUUUUCUCUAGCGCCAAUGAUCCGAGUGAAGUGUUAGCCCAUUUUGGGAAGGUUGAGGUCGAGCGGAGGUAUUUCAAAUGCAUGAAACCGGAGACUGAUAUAUCAAACAGUGUACGUAGAAGUUGGCAUUUGGGUGCUUUGAAAUUUGUAGUUCAUUAUUUUAGUUAAUGCCAUUUACAAAUUGUAUGAAUGACAACAUAACAGAUAUUGUUUGUGUAAAUGUCAGGUCAUUGAUUGCUUUGCUCAAAUCAUGAAUUUUCGAGAGAAGAAGCGCAACGGCAUUGGAAGUAAGAGAACUUGGUUUAUGCCCACCAGAAUUUCGGUAUGAAAUUUGAUAUUUAAAAGUGGACAUGAAUCUUUUGUAUUUGUGCUGUAAACUCUGUUAAAUCUAUGUUUUUAUUUUAAAUGUAAUCUAUUAUGUGUGCUUAUUGUGCAGAGCAAGUUACUUGGAAGAACGAUGACUGUGGAGAGGAUGGCGAAGGAGCAAGAGUGGUCCACUCUUUAUUACGAUGCAGAUUUGAGUUUAUGUCACACUGUAAUUUGCAUUUUCUUGAAACUUUUGUGUUGAAUCAAAUGUGUGUAGUUCAAUUUUCCAAUGACGUUGUUUGUUUUACUUUGUCGCAGAUGGUGGUACCCCUACUGGAUACCGAUAGUGCUCCGCACUGGUUUGCGGCGAAUGUGAGCAUGGUUAAUACAACAGUGGAAAUUAGGGACUCGUUGUCUUCUGCAAUGCAUAAGAGGUCACGUCGGAGCACCUGCGUAGAGAUGGUAUGCACGUGUGUACACGGUUUGCCGUUUUAUUAGUGUAAUUGCACUAAUCUCAACUGUGAUUGUUUUAAUUUUUUUGCAGCUCCAGACUUUGGACCAAUUGUUUGCGCCUGUCAAGCCAGGAGACCUGAAUUUCAGCGAGUUUGUAAUUAUUUCUUCAAGCAAGGACUACCCACAACAACAAAAUGGCCACGAUUGUGGAAUGUUUGUAAUGAAGUACAUGGAAUCACUGUUCGAGGAAAAUGAAAUAUUGGAAGAGGUAAUGUAAUGUUGAUUUCUUUAGUUUAAGUUUUCAUCCAGUUAACUAACUGUUUAUAUUGUGAAAAUUGAGUUGUCAAUCUAUUUUUUGAUGGAUUUGUUUCUAUGGA